GAUUCUCGAUCGCGAUGCUUGCGAUUACGAAAUUCAUUGCACGCCGUUUGUUCGCGUGUGAAGGAUAAUCCUGGCGUGCCAUCGGAAAGCCCGGGUAUCGUCCUGUGUUCAGUGUGCCACUGAAUGCAGCCGGGUCGCAUUGCAGCUGCACCCACGAGUCACACAUCCUUCGUCGUGUCGUUCCCUUCUCCUCCUUUCUUCUCUCUUCUUCUCCUCCUCCUCUUCUUCUUCUUCUUCUUCUUCUCGGUGUCACGAUACCCUUCCCUCUUCUUUAUUCCACGGCGCCUGUGCAACACGCGUGCGUGUACAUGUGUGCAUACGCGCGGUGCACGUCGAGAGAGCAAAGGAGAGUGCUCCUAAGAGCGGAGCUAAGCCGGUCUCACGGUAGUUGUUCGGGGUCAGGGGGCGAUAUACCUACCUACCUAUCAGCCUAGCUGCUCGAGCCUGCGUGUCGCAAGCGUAUCCUCCUUCUCUCUCUCUCCUCCUCCUCCUCCUCCUCCUCCUUCUCCCUCGCGCACCACGACUCCUCUUUCACCUCGUUCGACACCGUAAACCCGCACUCUAACCCGGACCACGCGAGCCCGCGACUAGCUCGCGAGCGUCUGGAGCUGCCUUUGUAUUCUUAUUGGCCGCGGUUGCCGGCGAGCCAGCCUUUUAUCGGGAGAGGUCAAUCCACCGGGAACGUAUCUAAUCUUUCCAGGGUAUCUGGACAAUUUGUUUCAAGCCUCGCUUUCCUGGCCCUGCUUUCACGGAUCCGUGAUCCGAUCCGUGUUUCUUCUCUCAUCUGUAAAAACCGGUGGAUUUCGCUGUUUCCUACUCGUUUCGAGCUCGUUCGUCGAUCGCGGGCGUAAGGAAAAAAGAAAGGAAGAAGAAGAAAAAAUCGAUUGCGAAGGAGAGUGUAUUGGUUUUCAGGAUCUUUGGAUUGUUUAGAGAUGUUUACGAUACGUUUCGCGCGAAAUAACGCAGUGAAAUCUUUAGGAAUAGGAAAGGUAAAGCUUCGAGAAAUCAGGCUCGAACGAAUGUUUGAUAAACCGAUUAACACGUUAGGAUUCUUUCCCGUUUAAUCCCGCUUUUCGUACGGGUAAGAGGAUUGUCCUUCUUGCUCGACGAAUUACGAAGCUGUUGAUGAUUCGAUCACUCUUGUGAAAGAGCUUCUAAUUAAUGCUCGUGAUAAAUGACGUAUCGCCGUGGAGAUGAUUCGGAUUUCGCGAACUGGCCCCCCCCCCUCCUCCUACUCGUACUCGUAAUACUAAUUACGAUGUCACCGAUCUUUUGCUAAAUUCUGCGAAAGAGAAAGCUGCACCGACUGCACACACGUUGGACCAGUUUUAGAGUGCACGUUGCCUGGAAACUUUCAAAUUAAUUUACGUCCGAUUCGUCGUCCGCGUGAUUCAUAAUACUACUACGCUACUUUCCACGCUUACGCCGAGAUAUAUGAUAUUUAAUCGCGGAUAGAUUAAUGGAGGUACACAUCUCGCGUUUAAUAUCCUCGAAAUUGACUCGCAGAUUAAUUGAUUCAUAGAUCAUCCUAGUUUUCUGCCUUGUAUCCGAGCGAUUAUUUGGUUUCGGAUAAUAAAACAUUAGGAAGAAGGGAGUCCUCUCUCUUUCUCUCUCUCUUCUAAGGCACCGACCGUGCGAUGGUGAAAAAGAAAAUUAUUUCGAUUAAACGGUGAAAGCGUCGAGUUGAUUUUUCAAAAUCUUCUCAACAUUUUUUCCACGCUAACUCGUGAAAACUCGACAUGUGGGAUUAGUGGAAUAUCGUAUGAGUUAAAGGCUACGUCUUUCACAGGGGAUUCUAAUCCAAUUUUCGAAUCUCCGAUUUUUUCUACGAUGUUAUCGAAAAUGGAUAGGAUUAGAAAAAUAUCCGAGGUGAAGUAAUACCAUUAAUGGAGGAACGAUCACAAACUACUUUAAGAUUUCCACAAAACGAAAACAAUAAUAAUAAGCAGCAGUGCAUAACUUUCAUUGAAAGAGAUUUUAUCAAAAAGAAAGAAAGAAAAGAAAAGCGACGAUAAAAAGUACAACAUGGAUUAAGAAGAAAAGAAAAAUCGAAUUUUUCACAACGAUAAAAAUAAAUCUCGUCAUCCCUUUUCAUCCGCGAAUAAGGAUGACUUAAAUUACUCGAAUAUUUUAAAAUUCCGAGAACGACCUGUCACAAGUUUAAUAACAUUAUGUACAUGAAUAUUGCACGAAUUCAUUACUUUUGAAACAGUUUCAGUUUCGUUAAAAAUAAUCUUUCGAUCUUUUGAAAAAGGAAAAAAAAAAGACACAAAUUCUCGAGGAUUAAAAAUUCGAUCAACGGAUUCGCGAGGAGGAGAGAGACGAAACACAGAGAUGCCGGCACACGACCGUCCCUACUCACCAGUGAAAGGGUUAAUUACGAUCGUGAAACCGGUGAGACGCUCGGCUCGUGUGGGCGAACCGAUGCGAGCUUUAAAUCGAAGAUAUCUCGGUACGGCGAUUAUGUGUCGCGUACGGCUGCAAGACACACGGUCCUACUUUCUCUCACGCACGCACGCUCACCCACCAACGGUUACCAACGUUGUCGUUCUCAUCGUCGUCGUCGUCGUCGUCGUUAGGUGUGUCUGCAUCCGAGACGCAUCGAUCGAUCGGCAAUAUAACGAUUCCCAAGGCUCGAACAGGCUUGGAUAAACGCAUCGCGACAACGAAGAAAAAUCGUGAUGCGUCUAUAAAUAGUAUCUUUCUCUUAUUCGACCUCCCGCUCUUUCUCGCCGCGGUUUUUCUCAUAAAUGGCGAACGUUAGGGAAAAAAAAAGAAGAAUUUACCGCUCGAAUGAAUUAUUCACGAAGGAUAUCAAUUAUCUUGUCGAGGCAUAAAAUAAAAACAUGUGACCGAACGAUCGUUGUAAUUAGCCCAUAACAUAUAGGAAUUUCAUGCCUAAUUGUGGCGAAUACCGAUGCCUAACGCUACCCAUUACCAAUGACAUCACUUACACGUUCUCUUGUUAAACCGGAAAGUGGGUCGUUUCGUUAUGGAAAAUCUCGCGAAAUCUCUUCUUCACGCGGUCGUAUGUGUAACGUCUCUCUCGAGCCACCUUUCUUUCGCAAUUCUUAAAUCCCUGCGAUUCUCUCGGCUCGCUAAUUGCGCAACGAGGAAAUAUAUCCGUCUCGACAGAUCGAUCUACCUUUUUUGUUCCUUUUCCUCGUUUUUUUUCCUCCAGUCAGAAUUUCCUCCUCGACCUCAGACAUUAUUAUUACACGUGGAAUUACGACAUUUGUUAAAUUAGACGGAAUAUACGGGUAGGAAGGAAAGCAUUCCGAGUGAAUUUCUCGGUGACGGUGCAGGACGCGAAACGAUGGCGGGAAGACAAGAUGAGAGAAGGGAAGGAACGAGUGGUGGUUAAUUCAUGAGAGCAAAUCGUGGAGGAACGGAGAGCAAGUGGCUGGUGCGCGGUGUGGCUGCACGUGGUGGCACGUGGAGAGGCGUGGUUCGUGGGAGGGCCGUGUACACCGGUGUAAUCCACUUGGCACACGCUGUUCGGCUAACCCUACUCUUUCUCGUCCGUUCGCUACCCUACCUCUGCCUUUACCCUGCCUACGGUGCCGCCGGUUGCUAGCGUUGUAGAAGUUGAUCGAAUCCUUCCGUGUGCACGUGCACGCGGCUCAGGUGCAGCCCGUUUCCUCUAGUAUGCGCUCCCGUAGGUGGGAUCGCGGACCACUCGCGCCUCUCCCAGCCCUCGCUGAUCCCCGCUGUCCGAUAGGGCUCAUUGUUUUGGACCGAGCUAUCUUAAUUGGCGGUGCAGCCACCUUGCCGCAACUUGGAGGGAAUGGAAAAGGUUGUUAAAGAGAAAAGCAGAGAGAGAGAGAGUGGAUCAAGGGUUGACAUUUGCAAGUUUUUCGUUGGGCAACGAAACAGAUACAUGCUCGAUCGACUUGACUACGUUUAGAUUUACGACUCUGUAUAUAGCUGGGCGAGAUAGCAUAGAUACUUAUCGGGUGCAGCCGCCCCCCUUUUAAUUCGCCAUAACCGGUUAUCGUAUAUAAUCGCGUCACCCCUCUACACCCUUUCCAAGAUUAAUCUCAGCUACGGGUGAGAUCCGCUAUGUUUUACGAGCUGGUGAAAACCAUUGGGCGGUCCUCUCGAUACUCGUCGCGAGAUUGAAUCGAAUCGGUUUGGGUGAGCGUGACUAUCUCUGCUCGCAUCUUCGGACGAAAAGAGGGUGGUGGGGAAGGACGAACAACGGAUAGGAGGCAUCUGUUUGGCUCGAGACCUCGUCAAUUCCAUCUCUCUGUUAUGCCUAUUCAUUUUUCGCGUCGUGCGUGAUAUUCAGGAAAAUAUACACGGUAUAUAAUUUGGAAACGACAGUUAAGUAUCCUUAAGCAUAUUUGCUCGAGAUUCGACUGAUGAAAAGCGAUCUCCUCGUUUUUCGACGGGAGUAUACUCAUCCCUCGGGCGUUAAGGGAUAAUAUCGUGUAAUAAUAAUCGAGCAAGGGGGGGUACGAUGGUUGCCUGCAUAGGCUCGGUAGUAUUUUAAAUGCCAAUGAUUUCAUGUCUCCCUGGGGUGUCGAAGCUACCCUAUAUAGGACGAAACGUGGACGUCGAGGACCUCAGUCGACGUCGAGAAUUCGACGAUUAAUAAGUUAAGCAACGGUAAUUUAAAAUCGAGGAAACAAGUGUUCGGAGAAUUCCAAAAUUCCGUGUGAAAGCAACUUGAGAAUUUGAGAAUCUGCAGGAUCGGACCGUGGAAAAAUUUGCUCGCACCUCGAAAAAUCGAAUUUAAUUCGGACUCGACUCGCCCUCGAUCCCGAAUUAAUCGCAGAGAUGAUCACCAUGGACACCGGUCACUCUCAAUAUCGAAGAUAUUGGCAACUUCAUUCGCCGAACGGCGACAGCGAUAACAGCAACGGUAGCCAACGUGCGGUGGCUAUUACGCGGAACGACGUAGAGCAACAGCAACAGCCACAUCGCCAGCGGCAUCAACGGCAAGCGGCAGCUACCGUUCCAGUUCUCGCCUGCACGAAUCAAUCUUCUACAACCCCGACGACAACCGCGUUCACGGUGGCGUCAAGUAUGCUUCUUCUACAGACACAGAGCCCCUUCGGAUGUAGUACCCUGGCGGAUUUGUUAAGCGCUUCGUACACGGAUCCAACGGAUGCUGGAAGCCUACCCGAAGAGCUGGACCCGUUUCCAGAGCUGCAGCUGGGCAAUCCGCAGGGAGUGCCGACUGGCGACGAGUCGGCCCAGGCCCAGCAACAUCAUCAGCAGGCACCGCAGCCGCCUCCGCCGGCAGCGCCACUUCCCGAGGACGUCCAACCUGACUCGCUCAGUUCAACGCCCUUGCCGAGCUUCCAAGAGACUUACACGGCUCAGCGAUACACCAGGCAGGAGCUUCAGGUUCUCGGGAUCAAAAUGGACGAGGGGGAAUGUUACGACAACUCGGUCUAUCCGUGCGCAACCGGCCCCUAUCCAACCGAGUUCUCGCCCACGUUGCCCUACCACGAGCAACAGCCCCAGCAACAGCAUCACCACCAUCCCCAGCAGCAGCAGCCCGCGCCGCCGCAGCAGCAUCACCAUCAUCAGGGCUACUUCGCGACCGAGACGGCCCCAACCCCGACCACGGCUGUCCCCUCGCCGGCGAAUCAUCGGCAAGACUCGCCGUACGGCGCGGCGGUCAGUGUCCCCAUGGUGUAUGGCCCACCACCGAGCAUCACGGGUGGCGCUACCCCCGUUGCACCGACCGACAUUUACCCUACCGUUGACAACGUGGUCGUAGGGACGACUCGUUCCCGGAGGGCGUCUCUACCCACGCAGAGGUCAGAGUCUGCGAGUAGCGGGAGUACGGAAUCCCCGAAGGCGCGCGGUGGCAGCGGAGGGACAGGGAGCUCCGUCAGCUCUCCGUCGCCUGGAAGCGGAACCGGCAACGAGCGAGCACCGCCGAGCCCCAGCCAACUUUGCGCCGUGUGCGGCGACACGGCAGCGUGUCAACACUACGGUGUUCGCACCUGCGAGGGCUGCAAAGGAUUUUUCAAGAGGACCGUGCAAAAGGGCUCGAAAUACGUGUGCCUGGCCGAGAAAGCUUGCCCCGUUGACAAACGCCGGCGGAAUCGUUGCCAAUUUUGUCGCUUCCAGAAGUGCUUGAUGGUCGGAAUGGUGAAAGAAGUGGUCAGGACGGACUCCUUGAAAGGACGCCGAGGUAGAUUACCAUCGAAGCCAAAAUCCCCGCAAGAAUCACCACCGAGCUCGCCGGUCUCCCUGAUCACAGCUUUGGUCCGCGCACACUUGGACACGACACCCGAUCAAGCAACCUUGGAUUACUCGCAAUACCGGCAACCCAGUCCUGGCGACCCACCCAUCACAGAGGCAGAAAAGACGCAACAAUUCUACAAUCUUCUUACUACGUCCAUCGAUGUGAUUCGAACGUUCGCCGAUAAAAUUCCCGGCUUCACGGACUUGGUGCGAGAAGAUCAGGAGUUACUUUUCCAGUCGGCCAGUCUGGAACUGUUCGUUCUUCGAUUGGCGUACCGUACGAAACCGGAGGACACCAAGCUGACGUUUUGCAACGGCGUGGUCCUGGCAUUGGAACAGUGUCAGCGUAGCUUCGGCGAUUGGCUCCACAGUAUUCUCGAAUUCAGCAAAGCUCUUCACAUUCUCGACGUAGACGCUAGCGCUUUCGCUUGUCUCUGCGCUCUUACCCUCAUUACUGCAAGGUACGGCCUGAAGGAGCCUCAUCGCAUGGAGCAGCUACAGUCGAAAAUAAUAUCGUCUCUUCGCGAUCACGUCACCUAUAACGCCGAGGCGCAGAGGAAAGCGCACUACCUGUCCCGUUUGUUAGGUAAACUACCGGAACUGAGGAGUCUGUCGGUGCAGGGGCUCCAGCGUAUCUUUUACCUAAAACUGGAGGACCUGGUUCCAGCGCCACCCAUGAUCGAGACGAUGUUCGUCGGUAGUCUACCGUUUUAAUCGCCUCUCGAUCGAGCCAAGCCUAGGGCUGCGCUAUUCGUCGCGUAGAACAAUUCAUCCUUGAGAUCUUGUGCGGUUGCGACUUACCACUCGAUUUAAGUUUCCUUAGUUUUCUUACACGUCUACGUAGGUUCUACCAUCUUCUUGCGUGUAACCCUUGAUAUGGUUUUCGACGCGUCAAUCGCCACGUGAUAUACCGCGUGAGAAUAGUCACCUUGAGGGGGGUACAAACACGAAUCUCGAGAGAGAGAGAGAGAGAGAGAGAGAUUCGAGCGGAUGAGAAGAAGUCCUGUUUCUCUCGAGGCUGACGUUUCCUCCGCGUCUGGAUAUUUUAGCGAAAUAUAUAGAUGCGUGUGGUGCGAUCGAGCGUCGUGCCGCAAGUGGACACAUUGGAGUGGAUGCACGCGCGAAUGGACGAGCCGGAAGACGUUGGUUUGUCGCUAAAUUUAAGACAAAGUUCCCUGUGCGUGUAUGGAUGAGAGACGGGUGGAUGAACGGGGCGCGUGUCUUCGUGAUGUGUCAGCGGGCAGAUGUGACUGCCCGACCUGACAACUGUUACUAUUGUUACUAUUAUUAUUACCGCUAUUACUAUUUUAACAGUGUACGAUGUAAUAACUAUUCUUGCUAUCGAAAGUAUCGACUCCCGACGACCGAUUGAACGUGGAACCCGGUUUCUCGGCGGAUUCUCGGGGCGAGGGGACGGGGGAGGGGAGGGAGGGAGGGGGCUUCUCUCGGAGGAUGAAGAGAACCCGCGGCAGCUUGAAACAAACGUUGGAUUUCCCCUUUCGUGAGAGAAAGAGAGAAAGAAACGAGCGUGUUUCGUUAUGCGUUAUAUACGUCCCAUAAGGCGUCGCAGAUGAGGGAUGAUUAAUCACGACGGUGGUUCUCGCCGACUGGUAAUAUUAAGUGCUACGCUAUUUCUCGCAAAACAUGCACAAAAGGAACGAAAAGAAAGAAAGAAGGAAGCAAGGAAGGAAGGAAAGAAAGAAUGAAAGAAAGAAAGAAAGAAAAAAAAAUAAUAACGACGAUAUAUACCAUUACACGUUAUACACGUACAUUAUACGUACAUUAUCGUACACAUGAAUUUUUAUCACUUUUCUACCUACUUUGUAUAAGUCGCUACAUCAACGAACAAAAAAAAAACUACGUUUCUUUCAUCGCUCGUGCCGCAACGAUCGUUCUCGAGGAUCCGCUCGAUCGGGAUUAAUUUCUCUUCUUUCAGAAGUGCAGAACAAACCGUGUUACUCACUCACUCACUCACUCACUCACUUACUUACUUAUUAUACCGUGGAAGAGAAGGAAGAGAGGUGGAUUGACGAUUCGCAACAUAUCAGAGCAACGACGGAAGAGCGGAGACAAGAUAUCACGAAUUACACACGUGCUAAUUGAUAUUCCUCCAUUCAUCCUUCGUCACCAUUACCCCUCCUCCCCCUCCCCUCUUCGUGUGAAUCAAUUUCGCUCUUCCGUGUUGACAGUUUAGAUAUACGUAGGUCGUGACUGUGAUCACACUCGAACGUAGCGAUGAUGCUAAAAAAAAAAAAAAAGAAAAAAAAAAAAAAAGAAGGGAAAAAGAAAAGAAAAAAAAAAUUCUCACUUAGAAUCUCCGCUAUCUUUCUCCUAUAUCUUUCCCUUCCCCCCUCCCUCCCUCCAUCCCUCCCGAUUCUUUGUACUCGUAUUCAUUCGUAACUCGUAUCCUUCGGCUUACUAGCUUCAUCGAUCCGAGGCCAAUAGGUGCACCCUAGCUUCCCUUCCUCUUGACCCUCGAUCGCAUGGAAUUUAGUAUCAUUGGAAACGUGUGAGUGUCUUCCAAGUCACGUGGUCGGGACCCGUUUCGGUGUCCGAACAAUUACCACACUAUAAUUCUUGCGUUAAUGUGAUUUUAGACAGCUAAGGGAGAAGAAGAAUGAGGUAGGGCCCGAAUCAGGCCGACUCGGCUGCGCGAUCCGCGUCCAAAGACGAGUAAUCGAGGAGGAGGUUAUCGAGAAAUAAUCUAAGUAGUAGAAUUCGUCGAUUUUCGCAUCCACCGACCGAUCGGCAGCUACGGCCUCGUUACGGGCCCGGCAUAAAGUUACCUAUUACGUUAUGACAUUUAUUUUUAAUCAAACUAACGUAGAAAAUCCUAUUUAUACGUAUACCGCGCCGCUAUUAUUACUACUUAUAUUAUUACUUGCUACUUAAUUACUUAAUAUUAAUUAACUACUACUUACCGCUAGCGUUACGAUCUUAUAGCGUUAUUGUCGCUACUACCGCUGUUACCAUCCGCUACCUUUUUACUACCACCUUUGUGUUACCAUUAAUUAUUGCUAAAUGCGUAAGAAACAUGAUCGACGUUAAAACACUUCUUCGCCGCUGCAAUAUAUUCAUCAAGAAAGAAGAUAUAUAUGUGUAUACAUAUAUUCUUUGGAUAUAGAGAGAGAGAAAAAAAAAACUAUCAAUUUUGGAACGGAUUGCAGUGACUCGCGACUCCAAGCAAGGAGAUAACAGAUGGAAGGAUCCAAGGAUGAUACCAUCUCGAGGAAUAUAUCGGAUUGGCGUGUCAAGGAAUCGUUGGGUUGACGCAAUCUUUCCGUCACGGGCACCCUUAUUAAUGGCAACCCUAACUAUUGUUCGGCAAUAAUACUUUCCUCUUUUAUGUGUAUAUAUAUCACUUGUCAACGUUAAAAGCUACAGCCCAGUAAACCGGGAUCCAUACAGUUAGUUUACAUCACACGAUUACAUUACAAAUCUCUUGGUGCACCUAAUUUCAGAAAGGCACAAAUCCACGUGGCGAUUCGCCACUCGUGAAUCUUUUAACUUAUUGAGAGGCAGAAAACACGUUAACACGAUACAUAAUUAAUGUGCACAAUAGAUAUAAAGUAAUUAUAUGUGUAUAUGUUAUACUCGCCGUGUGUAUCCGCAAAUGUUCAAUGCUUCAAUGCAAGGAAAUAGAGGAUUCGAUCAUUCUCGAUUUUCCUCGUUCGAUUUCUGCGCAACCAUAGUUCCUUCUAAAAAUCGAGCUUCGUCUUUUUCUUUUUUUUUUUCUAUUCCUUCGUUCACUUCUCUUUCUUUUUCUUCUUCUUCUUCUUCUUCUUCUUUUUUUCCUCCUCUCUCAACAUCGUUUUCGAUCCAUUGUUUAUUCGGUACCGGUUCUUGCGUAAGAGUUAUCGAUCCCUAGUAGCCAUGUAAGAGCUUCCGUAUAACGAUCUCUCUCGUUACGGAAGAGUACACGGAGAAAGGAGUGAUUCAACGCGAACGUUCAAGCUCAACAUUGAAUCGGCGUUUCAGAUGAGUAAUUCAAAUUUUCAAGCGAACUCUCGCGAUUAAGUAAGCGACCGGUAGCGAUUAACAACGCUUUUCUCCGUGUAAAAACUGUGCUUCAUUGGCGUUGGCCACGUGUGUGAAAAAACGUUUGCGGAUGGAUACGAUCGCAGAUGUUCGGUGAAACAGAAGAACAAUAUAAUGCCCGGCAAGAAAGCAAGGUACAAGUAAUCCGAAUUACGGGGGCGCGAACAAUCUCGUUGUUCCCGUUUCGAAAAUUAGGAUGACGCGAUAGGAAGCGGACGAUCCCCGAUUCGUCGAUUUUUUUUUCUUUUUUUAAAAUCACAUCUCGUCAAUUACCGUUGGAUUAAUGGGAUUAAUGCGUCCCAAUCCGAGGAAGAAAAUUAUCCGAAUUGAUAAUUUUGAUACUCCGCGUACUACUUCGGAUUACACGCCGAUAAGGAAAGAAUAAUCGUACGUUUCCUUCGCGUAUGUGUAGCGUAUGUAUAUCGCAUCGAGUCCAGAAGAGAUUUAGAGGCUGAAAAGGAAUUUCGUCAAAUUAAAACGGUGCUAUUAGGCUAAUUGUGAUUAACGAACGCUUAAUGAAUUCGAGAGUACUUAAGUUUCUUAUCUCGUUGCAUGCAGACAACGGGGGAAGAAUAUUUUUGUUCCUAUUACUUAAGAAAAUUAAAGGAAGCAUCGCGACAAGUUUCUAAUCCCCUAUUGGAGCGGAAACGAUUUAUCUCGUGAUUGACGUGAUUCUCCGAUUACGAAUCCAUCAGAUCUUUCCUGGACUCAACGCUGAUCGGCGUUGCAUUGUUUUUUUUUCUUUUUUUUUUUUUUUUUUUUUUUUUACGAUGCCAUUUACGAUGUAAUUCGCGCGCGCCUUCCCCGCGAUCCAGGGGAAGCGAUUAGAACAAGAAGAAAUUCAAGAAAAUGAUCAAGCAAUCCUAGAUUUAAAGAAAGAAAAGGAGGCAAGAGAAAAGCGAGGAGGGAUAUACGAAUGAAAUAAAAAAAGAAAAAAAAAAAAAAAAAAAAAAAGAACAAGGGAAUCUCGGAUCGUUCGAACGUAGAAAUAUCUCGAAUGAAGAACGAGGUCGUAGUAUUGUUGUUACUUAUUAAUUGUCAUCGCUGUAAAACGAAAAAAAAAAAGGCCAAUUCCAUUAGGUGUAUUUUAUCCUCUUCCCUCGAUGUAACAAUAAAUGUUCAAUCAACGGAUGAUUUCACUUUUUUUUUUUGAAUCGUCUUUUUUUUUUUUCAUUUUGGAAAAAUAAAAUUGAAUGUUGCAAUGUGGUACGUUCGAUUUUCUGCGCGAAUCGCGGAUGUCUAUACGAGGAGUUUCGAAAUCGAAACUCGUUCCCUUUCCGUCCAAAUUAUAUGAUAGAAAAUUUCCAUCUUCGCAAUCGAGUGUUGUAUCGUUUCUCCUUCCCUGGUCGGAUUUUAUAAAAUUAUACGAGGAAAAAGAAGGAAAGAAAAGAAAAAAAAAAAAGAAAAGAAAUAAAUAAAAAAAUGAAUAAAUGGCAGACUCUCUCGUUUUCGUGGACGGACGUUUCUACAACGAUCGAUCUGUACUUUGCCGUACGAAUAUCCGCGGAUACAGUUAUGUAAACUACUUGCACGAUUACAAAGCACGUACCGGAAGUGAUAGAUAUUGCACCAAAAAUAAAUGAAUAAAUUUAUUAUACACGCCCGAUGUAUCCGCGCGAUCUGUUGGUCAAAUAAAAUUGUCGGUCAUCAAGCAUCAAGUCGAAAGGAUUCGUAAGAUAUAGAAUAGGAGAGCAAGAAGCAAGGAGGAAGUAAAGCAGGGCAGAAGGGAAGGGAAAUAUGGGAAGGCAAAAUGGAAGUAAUAAAUAAAAUAAUGCCGAUCAAUAAUAAUGUCGAUGUGUAUUGACGGCCGUACAAUUGAAAAGGAGGUGCGAAUUAUUGAAAUCGAUCGAUAAUUCGCCGUUAAUUUAAUCAAGUACAAUCUGUGUUCUCCUUGCAAUUUGUUCAUCAUCGACAAUAAAAGGAAUUGCAAGGGAAGUUUCCCGACCACCGGCCUUUUCACCCCUACGACCGUCGAUAUUUAGCAACACCGUUCUAACAUUACGUUCUAUUAACAAUUUGUAAAAUAUUCUAAUUCAAGAUGUUUUACAAUGCGCGCACAUUCACGAAACCUUUUCCGCGGCCUGAUUCAAUGUAAUUUUGUGCCGAAUCACAUACAGUUCCCUCUCGCUUGAUUAAUAUAUGUAGCCAUAUAUAUAUGUAUAUUUAUAUAUAUGUACAUAUUUAUAUACAUAUAUAAUGCAUAUACAUAAUAUAUGAUACGAUAUAAUAUAAUAUAAAAUGAUAUAAUAUAUAAUUAUUAUUAUUAUUAUAUAUAUAUAUACUUAUAAAUAUAUAAAUAUAAUGAAAUAAUAUAAAUAAAUAAAUAUAUUAUAUAUAUAUAUAUAUAUACUUUCGAUAUGCGAACGAGAAAGCAAUUCAAAGGCAUGAUGUGAGAAAAACAAAAAACACAUUGCGACCAUUAUAUUUUAUAAAUAAAAGAAAAAUUGAUAUGUGAUAUAGAUGGUAAGGCACGCGGACAAUGCGUUGCGAUGCAUUACGAAAGCAAAUGUAUUCUGUAUAUCGUUUCAUUAAAUCUAUUAAAAUAA